AUGCAGCUGUUCCGUGGACGCAAUCGGUACUUGGGCCUUCGUGGCAGCAAGCUCAACGUUGCGAUCGGGAUAAUCGCAGGCACUGAUUUUUUACUCUUUGGCUACGACCAGGGCGUCAUGGGUGGUCUAUUGACCUUGCCUGCCUUUACAUCAGUCUUUCCCGAGAUCGACACAACGAGACCGGGCUUGACACAGAGUCAGGCAAAUCAUGUCUCGACGAUCCAGGGCAUAUCCGUCGCUUCCUACAAUGUCGGGUGUUUCUUUGGCGCAAUUGCAUGCAUAUGGAUAGGUGAACUCCUCGGUCGACGCAAGACAAUUUUCCUCGGCUCGGCGAUAAUGGUUAUUGGUGCAACCCUUCAGUGCACUGCAUUUAGCCUGCCACAUUUCAUCGUUGGUCGACUCAUUACAGGUAUGGGAAAUGGUCUCAAUACAUCGACUGUACCAAUUUGGCAGUCGGAAUGUUCAAAGUCCCAUCGUCGAGGGCAAAUGGUCAUGGUGGAAGGGGCUCUGAUCACCGGCGGUAUUUGCAUAUCCUACUGGAUCGACUUUGGCUUCUCUUUCAUCAACAACCAGGCUUCAUGGCGGUUCCCAAUCGCUUUUCAAAUCGUGUUUGCACUUUUCAUCCUUGUAUUCAUUCUGGAGCUUCCGGAAUCACCCCGUUGGCUCAUCUUGAAGGGCCAUGAGCAGGAAGCCAUGGAAGUGCUCGCUGCUCUCUCCGAAAAGUCCAUCGAGGACAAAUACGUUGCGUCCGAGUUUGCAGCCAUCAAGGACACGGUUCUUGAACAACAAAAGGCCACUUUCCGCGAUUUGUUCACCAUGGGCGAAGACCGUCACUUCCAUCGUGUGGCGCUUGCAUAUGUCAAUCAAGUUUUCCAGCAAAUUUCAGGUAUUAAUUUGAUCACAUAUUACGCUGCCACGAUAUAUCAGAACGAGAUUGGAUUGACGCCAUUUAUUUCGCGCAUUCUUGCUGCAUGCAACGGCACCGAAUACUUUUUGGCCUCUUGGAUUGCUGUCUUCAUCAUUGAGAAAGUCGGUCGCCGAAAGCUCAUGUUGUUCGGUGCUGCCGGUAUGUCAGCUUCGAUGGUCAUCCUUGCCGUUAUGACCAAGGUUGGCGGCACUGCAUGUGGUAUCGUUGCCGCCGCCUUCCUCUUUAUUUUCAAUACGUUCUUCGCCAUCGGAUGGCUCGGCAUGACAUGGCUGUACCCUGCUGAAAUCGUACCCCUGCGCAUUCGAGCACCCAGCAACGCCUUGUCCACGAGCGCCAAUUGGGCAUUCAAUUUCAUGGUCGUCAUGAUAACCCCGGUAUCUUUUUCCAGCAUCGGGUACAAGACAUAUAUCAUCUUUGCUGUCAUCAAUGCAUUCAUCUUCCCAGUCGUCUACUUUUUCUACCCAGAGACGGCUUAUCGCUCUCUCGAAGAGAUGGACGCGAUUUUCCACAAGACCAGGAACAUCUUCACAGUGGUAGGGACUGCAAAGAACGAGCCUCAUCGCUUUGGCAAGAACGGUGAAAUGUUGAUCGAUUACGAGGAGACCGAAGAGCAUCAGCGACGAGCGAGCACGGCUGAACGCAGGGCUAGCGUCCUGAGUCAGAACCAGUAUGACUCUGAGAAGGGAGUCCAUCACGAGAAUGAGAAGUUUAGGGGCAAUCCUGGUGGACCCUUACCGAUUGGCGGUGUCUGA